AUGGACCACCUCGUCUCUAGAGUCAAUGUAUUGGUCUGGCAGCUACGCGCAAGGGUCAAGAAGUACGCAGACAUACAGAGAAAUAUUCGCAACGAUAUUCACCUUUUCACUCAAAACGACCAAGACGUAAAAUGGAAAUUCGAAACAACCCGGCAAUACUACCUCGACCAUCUGAAGAUUACGGUGGUGGAACUACGUGAGGCGAUAAGUACGUCUGAUAUUGCCCUGCCAACCGUCGACUUAGACACCGAGGAUAUUAUGAAGAGAGUCAGGCCUAUCACCGAGAGAUACCUUCGACGUCUCGUGAGUGAAAAGGUUAUCACGACGAGUGAUAUGGAUUGUAUUAUCGUUGGAAAAUACUCGAGCGUAGAGGAAUUUCUCGACGACAUGACUCUGAAUGUCGAAUCCAUCGGCGUGAGUUCAGAGGGAAUUGUUUCUGGUGAGUUCUCCUACGCCGCUAUCGCGAGUUACGACGAAAAUGGGUUCUUCGUAGGCGACGAUAGAACUAAUCAAGCCGGCGCAGAGAAUCUUACUCAGCCGAGUGAGCCCGUCGGCCCUAGCAGUGAAGAUAUGGCUUCUCCCACCUUUGAAAUGUUGCCGCCAAGUGUACCGUUUUCCUGGGCGGACGACGAGGAUGAGGAUUUCAACAUUUAUGAACCUCCUAUUCCCCUAGAACGACAGUCUUCAACGCUUCCGGAGCCGGCUCAGCAAGAAGAAGAAGAAGCUCCUCCCAAAGACGACGACGACGACACACUCUCAGACAAGAGUUCGGUAUUCGAUUUUACGGUAACAGAACCUGAAGGAGCGGGACAGGCGCCCGAGCCACAACAACCUUCCGAAGCAGAGCAGGAAGCACAAGUCGAUCCCGAGGAACUUAGCGACGCGUCAGAAGAUCAAGAUGAAUUCCCCGUCCAUAUUACGCCUAAGCAAGUUAUUGAUCUAACUUUCCGUACCCUCUCACGAAACCCCGAUGGUACGUACACGCCAACCGAAACCAAUGAGGUCCUGGAUAUUUGGCUCGAGGACCAUGAUAUGUGGUACUGGCAGUACGAGGUCGUUUUCGCUGCUUCGUUGCUCGCGACCCAAUAUGAAGAGCAAUUUCAAGAUGCUAGGAAGGCUUACAAAGCCGAUCCCUUCGCCGACGAUUAA